AUGGUUCAAAAAGACAAGGCGCUGGAGACCGCUCAAGCGGCCGGUGAGCCGAGCCCCGGCCCGGUCUCCGGGGAGGCUUUCCAGGAGGCCCCCGGCCUGGUGGAGGAGUCCGGAAUUGGAGUCGAACCGACGGAUCACAGAAAAUUCAUCUGCGGAGUCGUGGAAGGCUUUUAUGGUCGACCAUGGACAAUGGAACAGAGGAAAGAGUUGUUCAGAAGACAGCAGAAAUGGGGCCUGAGCACAUACCUCUAUGCGCCUAAAGAUGACUACAAACACAGAAUGUUCUGGAGAGAGCUGUACUCUGUGGAAGAAGCAGAUCAACUCAUGACUUUAAUCAGUGCGGCUAAGGAGUAUGAGAUAGAGUUCAUCUAUGCCAUUUCCCCUGGACUGGAUAUCACCUUCUCUAACCAGAAAGAGGUUUCUGCUCUCAAGAGGAAACUGGACCAGGUCUCUCACUUUGGCUGCAAGUCAUUUGCCUUACUUUUUGACGAUAUUGACCACAACAUGUGCCCCGCUGACAAAGAGGUGUUUAGUUCAUUUGCACACGCUCAGGUUUCUAUUACCAAUGAAAUCUACCAGUACCUGGGGGAGCCUGAGACCUUCCUCUUCUGUCCCACAGAGUACUGUGGAACAUUUUGUUUCCCAAAUGUCGCCCAGUCCCCCUACCUCCACACGGUUGGGGAGAAGCUUCUGCCUAACAUUGAAGUGCUUUGGACAGGCCCCAAAGUGGUGUCCAAGGACAUCUCAGUCGAGUCAAUCGAGGAGGUGUCAAAAAUUAUAGGAAGAGCCCCUGUGAUCUGGGACAACUUUCACGCCAAUGAUUAUGACCCGAAGAGACUGUUCUUGGGUCCGUACAAGGGCCGCUCCACAGAGCUCAUCCCCAGGCUGAAGGGAGUCCUCACGAACCCCAACUGCGAGUUUGAGUCCAACUUUGUAGCGAUCCACACUCUGGCCACCUGGUACAAGUCUAAUAUGAAUGGUGUGCGCAAGGAUGUGGUCAUGACGGACGGGGAGGACAGCACAAUUUCCAUCCAGAUAAAGUUAGAGAAUGAAGGCAGUGAUGAAGAGCUGGAGACUGACAUGCACUACAGCCCACAGCUCGCUCUAAAACUGGCUCUCGCCGAAUGGCUCGAGGAUUUUGUCGAGCCUCAUCAAUACAACAGCCGACAGGUGCCUCAGAGUGAUGCCGAAGGCACAGCAAUCGGCGUGUUGUCCAUGGCUCCUCCUCCUCUGUGCUCUUCCACAACAGUCACAACUGUGUUUCAGCAGCCCAUCAUGUCUCCAGCCAUGCCGCCCCUCUGUCUGGAUCCACUAUCACACACCAUGGCAAAAGGACCUGAGGAGGUCGAGGUGGAGAAGAAAGACUCUGACGAGGAGCCCAUGGAGAUGGUGGUUGAGAAGCUGGAUGAGCCGGAUGCAGAAGCUGACCCAGAGCAGAAGCCCGUCGGUCCGGUUCUAGCGGACAAGAUGGCUGAGGGCCUUGGGCCCAUGGACACAGACAAGGAGAGUCUGACAGAGUCCAAAUCCCCCGAGGAGUCUAUCCAGGAGGAUCCUGGGAGUGAUAUUGCCCCCAUGCAAACUGAUGACCAGCUCAAACAGGAUUUGUGUGUGCCUGCGCCCGACGAGAAGCCCCUGUGCAAAGCAGAGCCCCUCACACUGGAGGACCUGACCCUGCUGGCUGAGCUCUUCUACCUGCCAUACGAACAUGGGCCAAAGGCCAUGCAGAUGUUAAAGGAGUUUGACUGGCUAAGAGCCAACAGCAGUGUCGUCAGUGUCAACUGCAAGAGAAAGGAAAAGGAAAAGGUAGCGGAAUGGCAAUCAAGGGCGGAGAAGUUUGAAGAGAUGUGCUGCUCCGUCAUCCAGAUGUUCACGCGGCUGUCCAAUUCAGCCAACCGCAGCAUCCUAUAUGACCUCUACCCUUACAUCUGGGACAUCAAGAGCAUCAUUUCUAUGGUCAAGUCUUUUGUCCAGUGGCUAGGGUGUCGUAGUCAGUCCUCAGCACAAUUCCUUAGAGGAGACCAAGAACCCUGGGCCUUUAGGGGAGGUCUAGCAGGAGAGUUCCAGAGAUUGUUGCCAAUAGAAGGGGCAAACGAUCUUUUCUACCAACCUCCACCUUCACUGCCAACCUCCAAAAUGUAUUCCAUAAGGCCGUACUAUCCCAAAGAUGUGACUGCGAUUUAUAAAAUCUGUAGAGAAAUGUACAGUGAAGGAAUGGAGGACGUACCGGUCUCUGAUGAGGACCCGGAUCUCAUAGGAGACAGGUUAGUGGGCGGUCUCCUCACGCUGAGCUCCGACUACGGCUUUGUGCUGGAGGACGAGGACGGGAUCUGCGGCUACGCGCUCGGCACUGUGGAUGUCCAGCCCUUUGUCAAGAAAUGCAAGUUGAACUGGAUUCCCUUCAUGAAGGAGAAAUACAUCAAACCUGACUGUGAGAAGGACCUCACGGACGCUGAGAAAAUGAUGCUGAGUUUCCACGAGGAGGAGGAGGGUCUUCCGGACUCUUUCCUCUCCAACUUUCCCUCUCUCAUCAAGGUUGACAUUCAAGCCAAGGUCACUGACCCCAGUGUGGCCAAAAGCAUGAUGGGAUGUCUUCUAUCUUCUCUUAAGGCCAACGGCUCCCUAGGUGCAUUCUGUCAAGUUCGUCAGACGGAUAAGAGAAUGAUGGAUUUCUAUAGUAAACUGGGAUGCUUUGAAGUGGCCAAAAUGGAGGGCUUUCCCAAAGACGUCAUCAUUAUGGGACGCAGCCUAUGAAGAAACCUCCUGCUUCAAUAAUAGACAGACAGAGAGAGACAUCAAGUCCUCGAGGUGGCUUGAACAUGUUUGCUCCCUUCAUGAGAAAAACUUCCAUGAUGAUUUUAUACUACAUCACCAUCUGGGCUCAGCCCGGGAAACCUCUUUUUAGGAUUUGUGUACAGAAGCACAGCAGUCACACACAGAUUCCCUGCGCUGCCAUUAGAUGUUAUGGCACCGUUGGAUUCAACAGAUCCGAAACUAAAAGGCUGACGAGGGAUCCGUAUUCCGUCAACUUUUAGCCAACGUGGGAGAGUGUCUCUCCGGCAAUGAUUGUCCCACUUACGCAUACAGGAAGGGGGAAAACUCCAUAAGCCUUUUUUCUGAUUUGAAUCUAGUAGUCAUUACAUGGAUGUUGCCCACAUGUCCUAAUGCAAAGUGACUGUAUCAGAAAUGGAGGCAGAGCUGUAAAAAGAGGAUGGCCUGUAUCUCAGGUAAUGUCUUACUCACCCGUACAUCCUGCUUUGACAGAGAGAAAGGAGGCAGCUGUUGACGCAAGUAGCACACCUUUUAAUAGUGGUCGUGAGGCGCUUUGUGAGAGUUUGCAAGUUGAUCCACAAUAGACUCUGAGGAAGAGGCCUUUUAUGCGGCUUGUUUUUCUCAAAAACUGAUGCAGACCAGUGAAGGAAUAUUAUUCGUCUGAUUUGUUAACUCAACAAGGCAGUCCUCUAACGUUUUGUUAAACUAUCGCUAGACAUUUGAAAAGCAAUAGAAGUGCUUCCACAAUGUUAAAAGCGUCAGCGCUUUUGCCUUUGUCUAUUUUUUCUUUUUUUAUAAUUCAGCCGUUUUGUUCAUUUCCCUUUUUUGAGCUAUUGCCUUCUGGUUCAUUGCCUUUGGAUUUUAAAUUAUAGACCCCAGAGUCUUUGUUUUAAAGCAAAGACGUAUCCGUCAGAGCUAGAGUAGUGUCAUCUUAUUGCAUUGGCCUUGUGCUCAGAUUCCAGAGAUGUGGCCUGACAUUGACAGUCGCACACACACCAGAUCCCAAACUCAAUCACCGAUAUCCUUCAUUGAACCAAAGCUAACUGGCAUGAGCAUCACUAUCAGAGAUUUCAGGCCAUUUAGUUAAUUUCAAAUUUAGUUUACAGUAAUUUAAAAGUUUACAUAGUUACUCUGGGUAAUAAUUAUCUCAAUUCGAAAUGUUCUUACAGCAGGACCCAGUAAUGUAAAAUAAUCAAUUAUAUCGGUCAGCUUGCAUCCCUCGCAGCAUUGUUUUGACAUGGCAUCCUCUCAAAUGAAUGUCCUCUCAGCUGAGCCUGGGUGAGUAAUGUCCUUACCCUGUCACCAAAGUGCUCUCACAUCGACGUGAGAGGCUUGGAGCAAAAAGUCCUCCACCUUUUUCCUAUCUGUCCUUUGAAUGUUUUGUAUUCUGACGCCUUUCACAUUUGUUUUUGUAAAUUUGAUGUAGUUGAUUUAAAAAUAAGCAUUUGGACUAUAGAUAGGUGUGUUCUGUUGGUUAUGUGAGCAUCAUCAAUAGCUGUCUGCCAAUGUGAUGUUUUGAUACUGUGUACACACACAAUGUGCAUGAAGUGUAUUGGAUUCACUGUGACGGUCAUUCGAAUAAGCUCAUCUUAUGCUGCAUAGAGAAGGAAGAAGCAUGCCACGCACCUCCACGAGCAUGAUAAAGUAGAUCGUAGACAGUCAGUCAUACAGUGUUAUUAUUUUGUAUUUCCUUAUUGAAAUUGUGGUUGCUUUCUGUUUAAAUCGCUGGUCUGGUUGCAAUGCCCCGUCUUGUACAGCUAUCCAAUUUUUUUUUCUUUAUGAAAAGUGGAUGUGAUGGGGAGGGAAAUGGCUCCUACUGUACAUUUUGAU